UUAAAAAAUUUAAAUUCAAUUGUUGGCAUCUCUAUGUUUAUUUCAAUGUUACCUUGGUGAAAUUGCAGAAGGUUUCAUUGUAGCUUCGACUAGGCGGCACGGUGACAUAGACGUCAAAUAACUUCGUAGAACAAACAUCGUUUUUUCGCAACAAGUAACACUAUGGGAACUUUGUACUGGCAAAUUUAGUGCGGAUCACAACCAAGAUGUAGGCGAUACAGGUCUAUAGAUCAACGAAACAAAAUCAACUGGCUGAACACAGAGAACGACAAUGGCGACACAAGGAUCCAAUCACGUGACAGCUGCAACUGUAUUGUUAUUCUUCUAUCUGAAAUUGAUUCUGCACAUCGAUGGGUGGCAAAGACUCGUAUUUCCUGACCCGUUAAUAGAGCAUAACGGCUUCUGUCUCCAAGGCCUGGUUUUUCAUACGCUUAAAACGAACGAUAUUCAAGUAUGUGGGAUGGGUUGCCUUAAACAGAGCAAGUGCAAGUCCAUAAAUUUUGACAAAGGGGGUAAAAGAUGUGAACUUAAUAAAGAAGACCAAGACGUUAGAACAAGUUCCUGUUUUAGACAAAUAGAGGGUUGCUCCUACUUUUCUCGGAAGGAAUUUGAAGCAAUGGAGAUGUUUCUAGGAAAGUGUAGGCGCCACUCGUGCCCAGACGACACGGUGUGUGUACCAGACGGGGCCACGUCACCAAAACGUUACAGUUGUGAACCGUUUGACAGCGAUGAAACGAUGCACCGGACGACCAAUGUGACUGGCACGCCCCUCCAGCAUAUCGGCGUAGGCUACAAUCUGCUCACAGGAAACCCGCAAAUGGCCUCAGAUCCCGGAGUUUUUCUACAUAAACGCAUACUUCAGCUGACAGAGUCAGACACCACAGGUUUCAAUGAAGCUUCGGUCACACAAGGAUCUACCUGCACGCACAGCCAACAGCACGCUCUUGUCCAUGGGUCCACGUCCCUACAGAACGAAAUGAAGGCUUUUGUGCAGGCAUCGUCAUCCCAUCCCACGUUAUUAGCUGGAUCAAGCUUCGCAGGAAAUGCAGACUUUGUCAAAGCGCGAAAGAAGUUGGACGCUGGGGAAGAGGUGUACCAGGACCACGUGGUCACGUGCAAACUGGGAACAGCUCAGUACGACCUUGCAGGCGCUGUAUCGAGCUACUACACAGUUUCUCGUGACUUUGCCAAAGCAGUGUGUAUCUUGGCAACAUUGGGCAGUUCCUACCAGUCUCAAUAUUUAGAUUUCCUCGAUCAAUGGGGAACGAGUGUCGUGACAAUGGCAGACUUUGGAACCCGGACAAUUAAACGCCACAAAUUGUCUGUUCCCGCCUUAUUCCAACAUGUCCACACAUCGGACCCAAGCGUACUCGACCAUGCCGGUUAUUUCAACGGACACGCUUCAUCCUGGACCAUUAAUAUAAAUAGAUACGACCGGAGUACACUAGCAACACAAUCUUUUGUAUCUCCAGAUCAGCAGCUGACUGUUGGGAAACUGUCAAACCCAGAACCCAUCAGAAUGGAGGUCACUCCAAUCUCUGACUUCAUGCAGUGGAGCUACUUCCAAUCGAUCGUGUGUGAUUUGAAAGCGCGCCACGAGUGUGUGGACACGAUGCAGGCCCACGACCUCCAGCUGAUUGCCAACAAGGUCCGGUCUGUUAUGGCUCAAUAUGGAAAACACAAGGGGGUGACCGGAACUAUAGAUCAUACUUUGCAAGCACCUGUGACAUGGCCCGUCGGUAUGUAUGGGUUGAUGAAGGCUGCUACCGGUUGCCCGAUGAAUGGCGUCCAAUGGCUGCAAGGUUGGCGCAGAUAUGACACGGAAGACAACGGCCCUGGUAACCAGUUUACCACUGGAGUUAGUAGCUACUUAAGUGGAAAUUUCCUACUUUCCUACAUUACAACAUAUUUCUGUAUGAAGAACUCCCAUUCUGUCACAAGCUACGACACCAACUGGCCGAAAGGUUCCUACUGCAUACUGAAGUACGAAAGCUCCUCCUGUCCUUCUGGGUUCCAAAGCGGUUUCAUAUACUGGGACGAUGAAGACGUGAACAACUUGAAUCUUCUAGACGGAACUCUGCCGGAUGGCGUGUACGGCACCGACACUAAGAUUUACUAUUGCUGCAGGGACGAUGGUCGGACAUCGACUGCGAUCAGUCUGCCUACGGACUGGCCCUUCAUCCUGAUGCGCAUGUCGGCAACCUGUCAGACCGUGUACGGUAUGAGCGUCACGGCGGUGUUUGUGAGCUGGGAUGACGAAGACACAGCUAACAGAAGCAACCGCGGCGGUCUGCACCCGUACGACGGAGGCACCUCAGGAGUCGGGGCCAAUAACCACGUGCUGUACUUCUGCUACUAUUAUAGAUGAAUGGUCGGAUAACACAAAUUUUCAGAGUCUACUUUAUUGCUUUGUUGUAUGUUUUGUUAAAUAUUCUGCUUAUUAACAAUUAAAAGUUUAGACCAAACUUAUAUGUAACAUAUUCGACGACUGAAGCCCCGCGUCUUUCAUUUCCUGCGUCAAUUAACCAACGCCACAUGAGGAUACAACAAGUAAAAUAAACAGAAAUAACUAUCAUUUUAAAACAAAGACAUCUUACUUUUCACUACGCCUCUAUCAUCAACAUGAUGUUGACCUGGCUACAUAAACUCGUUAUUUUCCAUUAUCUUCCCUUUCGACAGCGUUUUUCACAAACAACACAUGGUCGACAUAUUGUAAUGCAUUAAUUCCGACCUCUACGUUACAAACUCUCGUUUGCAAGCCACAUCAGUCAUUGUUUUCAUGGUAAAUGCAUACAACUUUUGGCUGGUUUCCUGAAGAUGUCCCCAUGCUGAUAAUCAUUUUAUUAUAAAAGUUUAUCGUAUUUGAUUGAUGAACUUCCAGAAGUAACACUUUAAUUUUAAUAGUUAUGAAAUUCGCAUUGUAAUUGGCCCAGACAAUAAUGCAAACGCCAUGUAUAUGCUGACUUUUACUACUGAUACUAGUUAAACAAGUAAGCCUUGAUGGAAAAAUAGACUGACUGAAAAUAUAUAUACUCUAUGAAACGUUUUUGGUGCAUUCGUCAGAAUCGUUCUACGUGAAAUUAAUAAUCAGAACAUUUGAAAAUUCAUCGAUUGUCAUUGGAAAACAAAAGAUGCAAACACCAAUGUAUUAUAGGAAACAUGUUUAAAGAAAAACAAUCUGAUUCAACCCUGACAACACAUUUUCUAACAAAUGACAAUGAACCAUUCUGCUCUAUAUCAACUGUCAUGUCCUCAAAAACUUGUGAUAAAUGUGAACAUUUAUCUUUAUAAGAACAACAGUAUAACCUCAGUGCAUCUACAUAGUGAGCAACAAAUCUAAACAUAUCAAUGCAAUGCAUGUCCAGAUAUACGUCAUGGUGGUAAGACAAGCAAAACAACCAUUGUACAUACAUGUAAAUUAUGUGCAGAUCAAGCAAUUUUCACCAGUGGUUCAGACAACUAUUUCCAGAGAAAUCCAUAUUUUAACUCAAUGUUGUAAAUGUUGUUUUACCUUUUGCCGUAAAUACUUGAACAUGUAGUUAACGUAUGUAAUGAUUUAGCUAUAACAAUGUCUAGGUUACUUCUAUCAUCUCAUAAGCUGUUUAUUGAAACAGGCCGAUGGCAUCGUCCAAAUUGUAGCCCCGUCAAGAUAGGAAGUGUAUAACAUGCAAUAAAUUCGAAGACGAAUAUCACUUUGUGAUAGAAUGUUAUUUAUAUACUGAACUCCGUAAAAGAUACAUUCGUAAAUAUUACUGGUCCAAUCUUAGUAUGUUUAAAAUGAAACAACUCUUCGAAAGUACUAUUAUUUCUUAACCCAGAACGUUUUGUACAUACAGACUGUAGAUAAAAAAAUAUGAAAAGGUUUGCAAAGAUAAAACCCUUUUAUUGGUCAGUUUGUUGUUAUAUUAUGCUGCGUUACAUUUACAUUUUAUAUAUUGGAAAAUUUAUUCAUUGAUUUGUAUGUAUUGAAGGAUGAUAUUUUUGUCUUUUGAAAUGUGUUAUGCAUAAUGUGUAAAAAGUUCACUUUACUAAGAUUUCUAUGUUGCACUAUGUUGGCACUGUAUGUAUGUAUAGGUAUAUGAACAUCAUCUCCGUCUAUGAUGUGGACUUUCACCUAUAGAAUAUCACGUUGUCUGUAAUCAUGUCCUUCGUUGCGUGUAAAAGCUUUCGCAAAAUUUCUAAACAAUCCUCACAUGCUCAACUUGCUAUGUCAUUUGUAAAUGUCUAUUCGUCUGUUUUGUUUUUUCUCAUGGGCCAUGUGGCUUAUUGCACCUGUAUUCAA